CUGGCCAAAGAAUUUAUUUUCAUUGACGUGUGAAAUUUUAUUUUAAUUCUGCUAGAUUUUUUCGAAAAAAUAUUAAAUUUGUGUUAAAAAUAUUAAAAAAAAGUGAAAAAAUUGGCAUUAUGCUAAGUACAUUAACUCGAAAAUAUUUAUAAAAAUGUUAUAAAUUUCGCUUGAAACAAAUAGAAACUAAAAUAUUUAAGUGCUCUCUAGAGGCGUUAAAAUGUUUAAAAUCGAAUCCUAUAUAACACCUCUUAUACUGAACUAUUUGACCAAAUAUGUCAAAAAUAUACGACCACAAGAUUUUCAAGUUUCCUUAUGGGAGGGUGAAGUAACAUUCCAUAAUUUGGAUUUACGUUUAGACGUGUUGCAACAAGAAUUAGAUUUGCCUUUUCAAUUUCUUUCGGGUCAUAUACACGAAUUAGUCAUUUCGGUGCCCUGGACUAAAAUUACCUCAGAACCUAUACGCAUAUCUAUUAAUACAAUCGAAUUUGUAUUGAAAUCGAAUCGUGAAGACAGUAGUGGCAGUAAGUCUCCCGCGGGCAGCAGUUCGCCACAACAUCAGUCCACGUCGGAGGUGACUAGUGCCAGCAGUCGUAACAAUGAGCGUGAGGAUACCUCAUCGAUGGGUUCCAGUUUGGCCACCAAAAUUCUUAAUAAUAUUAAUGUCCAAUGUCAGAAUAUUAUUUUGAAAUAUAUAGAAGAGGACAUUGUGGUAUCUAUGAAUGUUCAGCAUCUUAGCUAUGGUCCGGCCAAUGAACAGUGGCAAUUGGCCAUGGUUGAUGUGAAUCCAAAUAAGGUGUUGAUGCGGAAAUUAAUAAAUGUUUCCGAUUUGACCAUAUGUUUGGAUAAACGUAAUGAUGCGGGUCAAAUUGAUGUCUGUCAAGAGCCGGUAAUGUAUCGUUGCACUUUAGAAUGCCGCGUUUUACGCAAAUACAAUUGCCAAACCAUGGCCAAUAGCAGUACAACGCGUAUAGGUGUAUUUACCCAAAAUCUCGAUUUAAAUAUUUCCACAAUGCAAAUACCUUUACUAAUGCGUCUCAUAAAAUUCAUUACACAAAUGGUGCCAGAAAAAUCAAAUGCUUCCGAUGCCUCUUCAACGGCACCAGAUGAUUAUGGUGCAUCAGAUAUGGCCUCAAAUAAAGCAAAUAGUGGCGGCACAUACUUAUCGUGGGCAUGGAAUAUGUUGCCCAGUUUUAAUCUAGUAGAUGAGGAUAAAGAUGAAGGCCAUACAGACGAUCCUGUAGGUCAUACGAAGGACAUUGGUAUUUAUGUGGAAGAGUUGAAUUUGACUCUGAAGAAUUCGGAAUUUAUUAAUGAUGCUAUAAUGGGUGGUAUUAAACGUAUACGUUAUAUGCCUAUUGUACGCUUUACUAUUGGCGGUUUAUAUUGGGAGCGUGUUAUGUCAAAGGAGUUGGAGUGGUCCAAUACGAAAAUGGGUAUAUCUAGUAUUUAUGUAGAGCCUUUGGGUAGUUAUCGCACUGAUGAUCAGACGAAUAGUUAUGCUAUAAUAGAUACAGCUCCGUUCACCAACAUACGUUCUUUCAUUGAUAAAUCCUUGUUCGAUGAUCAAUGCAUGAUUGCUGACAAAGGCUGGGGUGUCACAAAUUACGAUGAUUAUAUGACACGGAUCACUGAUGACUAUUUACUCUAUCGCAGUCCCAUAUUUGCUUUUGAUGUUAUAAGUUAUCGCUCAAACCAUACAGAGAGCCAAGAGGGUCCCUCAUCACCAGCCAGCCUAACAAAUACAUCAAAUGAAGGAAAACUAAUGGAUUUAUAUAGACAAUAUCGCGUCCUAGCGGCUGGUAUAACGUUUCGCUAUAAUCAAACAUUUCUGCAGGUUAAAAAUGUGAUUAAAACUAUAAUAGAUUCAUACGAUUCAACAGCAUAUUCAUCAAAUGUUGUAGAGAAAACGGAGACAAAUACUGCAAUUGCAACAAAUACCCAAAAAAUCCUAAUACCAACAGAACAUAGCAAUGUAAUAGUUGGUGGUGAGCCAGGGGAAACAGAUGAAGCAAGAUCUCACUUAAUGGCUAGAACAAGUGGACAUUUAGCAGAGGGAUCACCUAAGUUACAUCCGCCCUUAGUAGAAGAUUAUGAUGCUUUAAUGCAGGGUGUACCCUUGUGUAAAUAUAAAAUUGAACUUAAACGUAUGCGUGUAGAAGUUUAUGCUAAAACUGAACCGGAACCCUCCUUACGUAUACAUAGAAAACUGCCCAAUGCUGUUAGGAAUAGCUUGCCCUACAUGCUGUUGUAUUUUGAUAAAGUUGAAGGCACUCUUUCAACUCCCUUAAAUCCCGAUAAAUUAGUUCAUACUACUUGCCAGUUGCCGGAUAAACCUCAGGAGUUAUUGAACGCCUGUUAUGAUAAUUAUGAUUUAAAUAUCAAAGACUUUUCCAUGGGUCUGAUAGCACCCUCUACCGAUAAUCUAAUAAGAUUGUUGACCAUACCCAAAUUACAGUUGAAUUAUGGCAGUUUAUUGCAACCUCAUUAUUGGAAAACAGAUGAAGUUCCUAUUAAAAAAUUGGAUUUACAAUGUGAUAUUAUUAAAUUACAAUUCACCAAAAGGGAAUUAAUAGCAGGGCUGCAAUUAUUUUAUUCUGCCUUAAACUAUGAACCACAAAUGGUCAUAAAAAUGGUAGAGGUACUAAAUCAUUCUCAGGUCUUAGCCGAUACAAUGUCCUUAAAUACUGUUUUAUCGAAAUUAAUGGUAAAGCAACGUUAUUAUCAUAGCUUUGGCAUAUGGAAUGUUAACUUAGCAGCUUUACAGUCGGAUGUAGUAAUUGGCAGAAAAACUUCACAAUUACGCCGCUAUAAUGUCCUAAAUACACAAGCUAAAAUGCAUAACAAUCAAAAUAAAUGGUUGGAGUUACAACUGCAAUAUCCCAAUCUCUCCCAAGAUGAACAGUCAUUAAGUCAAACGAAAUCCUCUAAAAAAGAUGCUAAAGAUUAUAUAGAAAUGGCCAUAGGUGUAUGGAUAGAAAAGUUUAACUUAAAUGCCGAUAAAAAUCUAUUGGAUUUUCUAUCUUUUGUUACGCAAGAAGAAAAUAAAUUAACAACAGAUUUUUCCACAGAAAUUGAAAUACAAACACAAAACUUACAAAAUCCUCCAAUGCCAGCCAGCCAUGUUACCAGUUCCGCCCCCUCCACCUCGAUUAUCUAUCAAGCCAAUAAUACAAUGCCACAAGUUUUUGGACGUAAAUCAUCACGUAACUCUAGUUCUUUAAGAAAAAUAUCUCAACCCGAAGAAACCAUACAUUUUAGUUCGGAAAAGGAUGAACGCUUAGAACUGACAGUUACAGAUCCCAUUAUAAUCGAUAUACCCGAUGAAAUACCACCCGAAAGUGAUGAAAAUAAAAUAAAAAAGUACUUCAAACUAUUUAACACCAUUAUAAUCUAUAUCGAUAUAGCACAAAGUCAAUUGGAUGUCAGCAAUGCUAGUUUAACAACUCACAAUGAGGAUGUCUUAAAAAAACUAUAUACUAGACUUAAACUGCCGAAAAUUUUGCUAAAAUCCACUUUUGCAGAAUAUAUAACUAGAUCUAGUCUGAGACUAAAAGUUAAUCCGCCACUCAACGCGAAAACUACUUUCAACUGGACCAUACAGUUUCAAGAUAUGGAAAUUAAAACCAUUGAAGAGAGUAAUAUAAUGCCAGUGCUAAAACCCUGGCAAACUACAUUAACUGUGGCCACCACUAAACGCAAACAAGCUGUUACCAUUAAUACCGAUCUAGAUUAUACUUUUAAAUCACAAUCGCGCACAAGUUCACCCAUAAUAAAACCGAAAAGUAAAAAUCCAAAGGAACGUUCCACGAAACUUAUAGAAAACUCUUCAGUCUCAUCGAAUUCUUUAAAGGAGAUUUUCUCGGGUAGUGAGCGUUCACCACCACCCUCACCUAAACCCAGUUUACGUUCAAAGCCCACCACUAUGGAUAGUGGCGGAAAUAAUGAAAAAUUUGAGGAGAUAGUUUGUCUUAAUUUACAUUUAGAUUCUUCUACCAUACAUUUGUUUGGUAAUAAUGUUAAGAUAUUACAAUUACAUUGUGGCCACUUAAUGAGUGUUUUGGAAUUGUUACAAAAGAUUUCCAGUACUUCAGCAACAUCAUCAUCAUCAUCGAGUAAACGGAAAAGUAAUACAAAAACUUCGCAGAUUCCUUUAAUGAUAUUGACUUCUUCGGAAGAAAAUCAACAUAUUAAGGAGUUUAUGGAUUUGGAUAGUAAUUCGGAUGUCUCGGCUCUUCCAACUAAUGAGAAGAAAUCCAUUCUCAACAAAAUAUCCCUCUUUUGUCAGUGGACCAUUGCCAAAGUUGUGGCCGAAGUUGAAAGUGCCCGCGAGCAAACGCAUAAAAGUAAACUUGUGGUAGAGUUUGAAGACUUUCUCUCCACCGUAGAUCAAGGACAAGAUUUUACCAAAUACACCAGUAAAAUUGGUAAUUUCAGUUUAAACUAUUAUCAAAAAUCCGACAGAUAUGAUUGGUUGCAACAGGAAUAUUUACGCAUGCGUAUGAUAGCCGAAAGCAAUGAACAUCCAUUCCUCAACAUCAUCUUAACUAAAGUCAGUUUAAAAGAUUUCUAUAAACGUAUUGGUGUCAAACGGAAAGGCGAGGUGGGACGUCAUAUUAGUGAAAUUUUAAUAGUAAUGCAAGCUAUGGAAAUUAUUGUGGAUUUAGAUCGUGUACAGGAAUUUAUGGAACCUUUGUGUGUAAUAUUGGAGAAAAAUCCGCAAAAUUUGGAAUGUAAAAGUGAUAAAGAAGAUAUUAUAAUAGCAUCCGAAUUACCGCUGGUGCAUUUUGAAAGUAAAGGCGUUACUUGCUAUUUUCCACUGGAUAAUCUUAAGAAACAAUGUACGGUUUUAAUUUGCAAAAUUGAUAGCAUAAACGUAACACCUAAUCUACAAAAUCCCCUACAACGAAAACCCUUAAGACCGGAUGUCUAUGGUAAAGCAGCCAGUAUGGGUAUAUUAAGUAUACCCGGCUCUAUAGUUGAGGAUAGACAAUAUGAGUUAACUUUAAAGAAGCUGUCAGCUGCUUCGGGUAACUGGCUAGAGAUUUUAACACAUAUGCGUAAUAAAGCACAAAAUGUACACACUAAUCCGGCAGUGGAAUGGAAUAAUCCAGAGCGUAAGCAAUCUUUGAAAUUAAAUGAAAUAUUCAAAAAUUUCACUUUAAUAGCCACCUAUGCUCCGAAUAUAGUUUAUAAUAAUAUUUUAAUUUGUGGCCAGGCUAUAGAGUUUAAUUGUGCUACAGAUUUUAUUGCUAGCAUUAAUACGGAUCAAUUGAAUAUGUUUAGCUGUCAUUUGAGAAGAUUGCAAAAGAUAUCAGAAACUGUUAAUCAGGUUUGCAAACUGAAACCUUCUACUGCAGCAGCUGUUAAUUCAAAAUCACCAUCUGAAACUACUAUCUUCUAUUCACCUGAAAGUUCCCACUCUACAACAGUGCUACGUACAAUUAAAUCCCUUAAUAGUUUAACAAAGACCACAACUGUCCAUCCUGAGAUAAGACGUUUCAGUCGUUUAGGUUCUCAAACACAAUUUGAGUCUAUUGAUGAAGACUCAGAACCACCAGCGGGCAAAAUCGAUUCGGGUGUUGUGUCUCAAUCAUCGAAACGCUCUAUAACAACAAAAGACAUUUUACAUUCAGCCAAAUCCAGUUCAACUAAUAUUAUUUUGGAAAAACUAACAGAAUAUCCACAAAAUAAUCAAACACCACCAAAAUCUCUACCGAGAACUGUUUCAUUUGUAGCAGGAGUAUUUCUAUUUAAAAUAUUCGAUUCCAAAUGCAAUGACACAGAAACUCAAGUAUUAUUUGAGGUUGAAGAAUUGGAAAAACCUUUAAUAUCAUUUACCAUAUCUCAGCCCAGUUUUAUGGUUACACAAAAUAUUUAUGAUUCUGUCGUUAACUUUUCUAUAUUCAAUUUAAGUGUAUAUUUACCCACCAUGGAUGGUUUACAAACCAAAUUACCAACCAAUUUAUUUCCAGAAAAUAUAAUUGAUACCAUGCCCGGGGAUUUGACUUCUACUGGCAUACCUCCUUCACUGUUCACUUAUAAAGCACAUUUGACCAAAUUAAAAAUGCGUGAAAUUGACAUUGAGUUUGCCAAACCUUUGGUGAUCACCAUAAGUGAACGUAAUGUAGCCGAAAUAUGCCGCAAUAUAAUGAUUAUCUAUAAUGCCUUGCAAGUGUACACUUGCGUUAGCCUGCCCUAUGAGGGACCGCUAUAUCGUACAUCGAAAAUUAUGCUUAUGAAAAGAAAUACUCUAAAUGCCGAUCGUUUGAAUUUCAAAUGUAACAAUAUUGCUCUCAAACUCACCGAUCAUCAGGAGUAUGAAUGUAAAUUGGUAUUCAGUGAUCUUAAAGUAAAUCUUAAAUAUCUCACACGUCCCGAAAAAUGUUCGGCGAAGUAUUCUUUGGGAGCUGUGUAUCUACGUACGAGUAAAAAGGUGUUUGUACAUCCCAUUUCACUUAAGGGUUCCAUGGAUUUUGUUAGUGAACCCUGGAAUCGUUUGCCUCUUAUUAAUUGUAUUGUUAAAUUUAAUGUUAUACAAAUUGAUUUGGGAAUUUAUGUGAUCUUACAAUUAAGACAAGCUGUCCAUGAUUUGAAUACAAUACUCAGUUAUGUAAGAGAGGAAUUGUUACGUUUUCAACGUUUACAUUUACAUGAUCAGGGUGAAAAUAAUGAGGCUAAAUUGAAGCAAUUAAAGCCUUUAAAAUGUCCAAAUGUUAGUUCGUUUAUACAGAAUAAUAAAAGUAUUAAAAGAGAGGAAUUCUAUCAGGAUGAUUUGAGAGCUGGUGCUUUUCAAUUUGUAGAAUUAAUGUCUGACAGUGUUUUGCCUCUACCCUAUCAAAUACAAAUCAUUAAAAAAGAUUAUGGCAUAAUAUGUUGGCGUUACCCGCAACCUAGAAAAAUGUGUAAAAUUCAUAUUUAUCCAGUGCCCAUGGCGGUGGAAAAUCCCAUACACAUUAAAUGUCGCAUGGAAUACUUUAGUGAAGUUCAUGAAUGUUUUCUACAUUACUGUGAUUUAUGGCUUUCGGAGACCAAUUCCAAAGAUAUUAAACUACCGGAACGUGAAAUCUGUGCCACCAUAUGGCGUGUAGUUAUUUUACAAUCUUUAGUCUCGGUAAAUGGUGAAUGUUUCGAUACCAGUGAAGAGGACGAGGAAUUGCAUUCUAUAGCCAGCAUGAAUAUAGAUGAAGUAUUGGGCAAAGGUCGUCAAGAUGCUGAUUUUAUUUUACAUCCCAAAGUAUUAGUAGGUUGUAUGCGUGUUGAUACUACAUUCCAAUCGAAUUGUGUGCCAAAAGUUCAGUUAUUACUUAGCUGCAAUUUGUUUAAAGUUAAACUUCUCAAUCAGCCAGAUGAAAAUGCCGAUUUGCCACCGCUUCUCAAGAAAUUCCAUUUGGCCAAAACUACUCAUAUAUCACAAGCGUUUUUAAUGUUGAUGGUGCAAAAUAUUAAAUUUCAUUCCACUUUUUACGACAAACAAAAAUUCAAUUUAAAUGUGGCUUUUAAUGCCAAUGUAAAAUGUUUGGAUUAUGGUUUCCUUAAUAUGAUUUCCCUAAUGGAAGAGACUACUGUGCAAUCUUAUAUGGAAAUAGAUAAAAAGAAAAAUAUCUUAAAUGCCAAUUUUGUAUUUGAUCGUUUACAGUUUAAUAUAGGCCCAGCCAUUAUACAUACGCUUCUCUCCUCGAAAAAUCAUUGGUCUGAGUGUUUGGAUUUGGAUGAGCGCCGCAUACGUCACGCCUUAAUACCUAAAUGUAUUAUAGUAAAUCGUACCAUGACUUGUCUGGCUUUUGGUCAAACUGGUACUCAUGAACGCAUACAAUUAAACCUCAAAGAAUGUUAUUUGUAUUCUUUUCGCAGUGAUUAUCAUAAUCAGGAAUUGACUUUCUAUAUAACGGAUGAGGAAACAAAUACAGUGGAUACUUCUAUGUCGUUACAUAUACCUUUCAAAUUCGAAAGCCAACAUAUGGAACAAUUUUUACGUGUUGGAAAUAAAGUUAUCACAGUUAAAUUGCGUAAACUAUCCAGUUCUCAAAUAUUCGUUUUAAUUAAGGGUCAAAUAGAAUUGGUAUCAAUGGUUUCGCAUAAUUUACGUUUGGAAUUCCGUCAUGAGGGUAAAGCGGACGAAGUGGCACACAAAUCUUUGGAGUAUAUUAGAGACAGGGGUCGCAAUUCAUUUUAUCAUAGGAGAGCAGAAGUCCCCAUCAACAGCGACGAAUUUAUAAGCUUCUGGAUAAGAGUACUAAGAGAAGAUAUUCCCGAUCUAGCAAGCGAAAACUUUUAUCCUCAAAAGAUACUCAUCACAAUAUGGCCCAUAUUUGAAAUUUCCUCCAUGCUAAGUUGUGCCAUACAGGCCAGGGAAACAACGGGAAAAGAAGCAGAAAUACAUUUACCUGGUCAAGGUGCACGUCACAUACUCGAUGUGCCAGCUACUCAUUUAACAGAACAUAACAUAGAUUUCAUGUACGGCUUUCCAUUAGGCACAGCUUCAGCCAAAAAUUAUACACUAAAAUUAAAGUCUUUAGAUUGGCAAAAAUUCUUUUGGUAUGAUGAACAAAAAUGGAGUAUAGAAAAUACUUUAAGUAUUUUAGCUAAACCUGUAGCAAGAAAUUGGCCCUUAAACGAUGAAGAAGAGUUAAAAGUAAAAAGAAUCUCGGAAUCGAAUCAUGGUAUAGAUGUUAUCUAUAAUACAAGAGUUACGAGAGAAUUUUCAUGUACCCUUAAUUUGGAGGUGGCUCCCUGGGGUAUGUUUAUAAAUGCCACAGGGCUACAAGUGCGCAUUUGUGAGUUGGGUAUACAGCCCAAAGAACUUAAGGUAGAUGCCAAUGGCUUGGAAAUGUUAUUCAAUAUAUCACAAGGAUUUAGCAUAGGCAUACGUAAUGGCUCUAAUUGGAUACAAUCCUUGCCUAUAUAUUUGGAAAAUGCCAUAGUCACACAAAGUAAACAUUUCUAUACCGUUACCGAAGGCGAUUACACUGACAUUGUCAUCCUGAGAGGCGAUGAAGUGGUCAAAUUUAUUUUAACUUUAAAAAUAGAAAAUAAUCGUAAAAUGUUUAAAUUAUCUUCAAAAUUUGCCGUAGUAAAUCAUACCAAAAAUCGUUUAUGUAUUUUACCAUUUGCCAUGGAUCAUAAGGAGAGUAUAGCGCGAAAAGAUGUAGAACAUUUAGAUAAUAAUACGACUAAAACAGUAUUACGAGCUACCCCUUAUAAACAAAACAGUAUAGGCAUUUCGCUAAGUCAAUUCUAUGAUAUAAAUGCUCAAUGUGCACAACGUUCCGUAGAUUCGGCGUUUAUUUAUUUUGUUGUAAUAAAACAUUGUACCGAUUCGGAAAUUUCCAUACCCAUUCCCUUAACGUUGCCCUUUAAUCGUAAAUGUUUUAGUAUACAGAAUGGUCGAGAGUCUAUAGCUUUAAUGGUAUCACUGAUUGAACAUGAACAGGUUUACUAUUUAACCAUUUUCGAAGAUGUGAGUCCCGCAGUUUUGCUUAAUAAUCAAACCGAUUGUCCUUUUAUAAUCGCACAAACAAAUGCUGGCGAAAAUAGUAAGGUAUCCUCUACGACCUCGGAAUAUGAGGGCAAACAUUUGGAAUGGUAUCAUGUGAUACCUAAACAAAGUAAAUCCUAUUAUACACCUCCUGAAUGGUAUAACCAUUUUCCCGAUGUGGAGACUACUUUGUGCAAUAUUACUUUGGCUUUAUUUGAUGAUUUAUCUACCAAAAAAUCUAUAAAAUGGUCUAAACUUAUACGUUUGGAUAAAACAUGGAAGAAAUUCUUGCACAUACCUGGCCAUGGUGAUGUUAAAGUUAUAAUCUGUGAUAAACAUCGUGUUAUUAGAUUAAAUAUUUAUUAUAUAUCACAGCAAAUGGAGUUCUCCGUAAAAGAUUUACGUUCACGUCUCUCCACCACCGAGCCCAAAGAACCCUCUCCAACAACUGAACAAACUUCCUCCUCUUCAUUACUACAUCCAACAACGAAAAUUUGCCAAGAAACCUCCCAACAACUAAAUACCGAAGUUUGUCAGCAUUUCCGUAAUGAUUGUGAUACUCUAAGACAGGAUCUGAAAAUAAGAUUCUUUGUUAAGGAAAUAAAUUUAAGUCUACACACCGACAACAGCACACGUCAGUAUAUGAAACGUGAAGUGGUCGCCAUAUAUGCCGAUGAUCUGCUGAUAGCCUAUGAAGACAACGAAGAUGAACGCACGAUGAAUAUAGUGAUACCUAACUUACAAAUAGAUAAUCAAUUGUUUUCCACCGGAAAAUAUGAUUUUCCUGUUAUAUUAUGUGCCGAAGAGUUAUAUGAGAAAACUGACUGUUUACCCGAGCCAUUUUAUUUGGAAACUUAUUAUAAAAUAUUGAAGGAAAAGAACUUAAUGAUUAAUGUUAAAUUGAAACUGUUUGAAGAUGAAUUCAAAAUGAAUUCUUUGAAUUGUAAAUUGAGUCCGGUAAGGGCUUACAUAGAGGAUGCUUAUAUAACCGACUUCUUAGACGCCUUAGUGGAGUGUGAACCCUCUAACUGUGCCUACAAGCCAAAAUUAGAAUAUGAACGUAAAAUUUUGGUGGAGAACCAAGUUAGCAUACCCAAAGAUGUGGAAGCUCAAGCUAUCUAUGCAGCGGAACCUUUGCAAUUGAGAACGUUUUGCAUAGAACCCAUGAGCGUUUUAUUGUCGGUGCAUACUUCUGUAAGACUAUAUAUCGCUUUGGAUCAUUCACCUUUAUCGUUUUCUUCGUAUGAACGUUCACAUCUAUUAACUCUGCCUCUAAAGUUUGGCCAAUCUUUGGGUAUGCAUUAUUUAUCUGGUGCAAUAUUUGGUGCUGGCUGGGUGGUAGGUUCUUUGGAGAUCUUGGGCAGCCCUAGUGGUUUAGCACGUUCUGUUACCACUGGCUUAAAAGAUUUUGUUUCCCUACCGGUACAAGGUUUGUUUCGAGGACCCUGGGGUUUUAUUGUGGGAGUUACACAAGGCUCAGCUUCCUUAUUAAGAAAUGUAACUGCUGGCACAGUGAAUUCGGUAACAAAAUUAGCAGCCUCAGUGGCUAGAAAUUUGGAUCGUUUAACUUUGGAUGAAGAGCAUAUCGAAAGAACCGAGGCUUUAAGACGUUCUCGACCACAAGGUUUCACCGAAGGUUUUUCACAAGGCAUGACUGGUUUGGGUAUAAGUAUUUUGGGUGCUGUAGGAGGUUUGGCACAUCAUACCCUCGAGGCUCGUUCUCCGGUCGAGGUGUUUACCGGUAUUAGCAAAGGUUUGGUGGGAGCAUUUACAAAACCCAUUAGUGGUGCUGCUGAGUUGUUGGCUUUAGCUGGUCAAGGCAUGCUGCAAACAGUGGGCUUUAAUGCCAUGCCUAAACAACGCUGUCCCUCUAUCUGCCGCAAUUUGGCCACCGAACCAUCUGGUUAUCGUAUAUGGAAAUUAUUGCCGGUGGAAUUAUCUUCAGAUCAAAUAUUAUUCUAUCAUGAAAUCACUUUGUCAGUGGAAGAUCAACUUAAGCGUGGUUAUGUUUUCUUAACAUCAGCUGUAUUUGCCAUUACCGAGGCUGAGUGGGAUAAAUUACAAUUUGCUUUUCCUGUCGAUAAGGUGGAGAUAACAGUCGACAAUCAGGAUAAGACUUUGUACUAUGUACAUUUGAAACAUGAAAGAGAAGAUAUAGAGGAAGAUGUCAGCUAUACCAAUGAACGUAUUAUGAAUUUCUUGCACACCUCCUCUAUUAAAAUGACCUCCGAUUCUCUUUACGAUUUACUACAAACGGGUGGCUCUCUAGCAUCUGGCGGUUAUAGACGUCAACAGACCUUAGAUUGGUCCUUCUACAUCAGCGAACAUUUGGGUGAACAUAUAAUGCGUUAUUUCAAAAUAUUAAAUUCAAAUAUUAUUAAAAAUUAAGUAAGUUUAUGUUAUAAUUAUAUACUUUAUAUACAUAUUUCCAAAGAUUUAACUCUUAUAUUAACAACCUCCUUCCCCCUCGUGUUGAACUAUUUAUUUCAUUUAAAUAUAAAUUUUGGUUUAAUUCAAAACUGUAAAAAGCAAUGAAAAAUCUAAAAAGAAAAUUCUUUAAAAAGACUGUAAACAGUAUCAUGUUGUAUGUGUAUAACUUUAUAUAUACUUUUUUAAUAUAAAAUUUUUUAUUUUAGUCUAUUACUACUUUAAAUUUAAAUUAUAUUAUAAUUUUUUUGAUAUA